AUGCCUUCCCUCGGCCGAACGCCAGCAACCGACCCGCAAAAGGUCUUCCACUACACAGACCUGCAGCGGAGCAAACCCACCCGCGAGAAUGACCCCUACGACUACACGUGUGGCUGGGGGAACCGCCACCAGUCUGAAGUGCUUCCAGGGGCAUUGCCUAUAGCCCAGAACAACCCUCAAGACCGUGGGUAUGGGCUGUAUACUGAGGGUAUCACCUCGUCGGCGUUUGCGGCCCCGCGUCAUGUCAACAUGAGCACGUACAUGUAUCGUGCUCGACCAUCUGCUGCACACAACGGCUACUAUCCAAUUGAAAGCAAGUCGAACAUCCAGAACUGCUUCCUCUCUCUCAACAAGGCCGUCGAAGCACUCCCAGAGCAAGCCGAAUGGGCGCCGUUCCCCCUCCCACCGAACGACAUCAGAACCGACUUCACCGACGGCCUACACACGCUGGCCGGCAGCGGCGACCCGAAUCUACGAGAGGGCAUCGCGCUAUACGUCUACAUGUUCAACGCCGACAUGGUCCAGCGGGCAUACUGCAACACCGACGGCGACUUUCUCAUCGCGCCACAACUGGGCAGUCUCCACGUCCAGACAGAGAUGGGCCUGUUAUACCUACAACCAGGCGAGAUCUGCGUUAUCCAACGUGGCGUGCGCUUCCGUCUGUCUCUCGGGGCUGGUAGCACCGCUGCGAGAGGCUACAUCACCGAGGUUUGGGGGUCGAUCUGGGAACUUCCUGAUCUUGGUCCUCUUGGCGGGCAUGGUCUGGCCAACCCUCGCGAUUUCUUGUUUCCGCAGGCGUAUAUCGAUGACGAGUUGCAUUUGCCGUUCGAGAUUGUUGUCAAGAAUAAUGGUAAGCACGUGGCCAUCAAGCAGGACCACAGCCCUUUCGAUGUUGUGGCGUGGCAUGGAAACGUCGUGCCGUACAAGUAUGACCUGACCAAGUUUGCGUCGCAAAAUGCCACGACGAUCGAUCAUACAGACCCCUCGGUCAACACCGUGUUGACAGCAAAGUCGCGCGACCCCAACUCGCCGUUGGCCGACUUCCUUUGGUUCGGUCCGCGCUGGGACGUUGCGAGCAACUCGUUCCGCCUCCCAUACUUCCACCGCAACUCAGCCUCCGAGUUCCUCGCCUGUCUGUAUGGCAACGGACUCGGUCGCUCCGACGACUUCCAGCCGGGUGGAGGUAGCUACGAGGGUGGCCAUACACCGCAUGGUGGGUUUGAUGACGCGUAUGUUGAAGAGGUCAAGUUGCAAGUCAAUGAGCCGAGGAGAAUUCUUGAAAACCAAAUGACCAUCAUGGUCGAGACAAGUCGAACGUUCCUUUGGACCGAGUACGCCCGCGUGGGCUGCGGCACAUUGCAUCCCCAGGGCACCGACCCUGGAGUCUGGGACAAACUUCCUGAUCGUUUCUCGGCACAUCCCGAGAUCAAGAAGCUGCUGCAGCGCCGUAAAGACGACAAGGCCCGUGAGCGGCAAUCUUUGGACUACUACCAUGAUUUUGAUCUCGCCGGGACGCGCCUUAAGUCUGCAGCUACUAAUGGGACCUCGUGA